AUGUCUGCUCCUCGAGACUGCGACCUCGACUCGCCGGCGGACGUGCUGCUGCCCCAGACCACCUACCAGCAGCCCGCCAGGGAGGAGGCCUACCCAGACCCUCACGACUUUUACCUGCAUUACAGCCAUAAUACCAGUGCCAGUGCCAGCAGUAGUGGUGGUAACAACGUCGACAGCGUCCAUACUGCUGGCAGACAGACGGCAGAGUUGGACCUCUCGCCCAGCAAGACCAGGCGGGUGACCGCUACUCCAGCGGCGUCGAUAUCAACAACAUACAGAAGCAGGCAGUCCUCGCUGCAGGACCUCGUCAACAGGUUCAACCAGACGCCAGACGAGGUCGUGCCCAAGCCGUCUGCUGCCUCCGCACACGCCCAUGCAAGGACUUCCACCGCCGUCUACAAGGGACUCCCCUCCGCUGCUCCAGUGCCAGCUAGACGGCCCUUGUUCGGCGAGAUCAUACCCACCACCAGUGCUACACUUACUACAUAUACGCCGUCUACGCAUCAUCAGAUAGGGUCACUUCAGACAUCAUUUCCGACGGGAUCAAUUUCCAGCAGGAGAGGCAGGAGUGGCUCGGACAGCUGCAUGCAUACGCCCAAACAGCUACACUUCCUAGACAACGCGUUUGAUCCGCAUCCACCACACAUACAAAAAGCACACCAUAUACUCGACGUCGACUCGCCCACCGCAUGGUAUCUGCCUUCUCUCUCCCAUCGACGCUCCCAAAGUGACCUGGGCUCCCCCGUUUCGCCGCAGCUGAACAUGAACCCACACCCCAUCUCAACUUCCUUUUCAUCGCGCCAAUCGCAGUUCCAGUCCCAGCUCCAGUCUCACGCCGCCGCUCAGCACUCCAGAAUACCGCUCUCUGCCCGUCGAGCCAGCCAGGCCUCUGACUCGGGCAACUCCUCCCCUUCCACUCGCACAAACUCCGCCCUGGACCGGUAUCCUCCGCCAGCAGUGUCCCUUCCACCCAAGGGAGUCAGCUUGCUCCCCAAACCAACUCCGCCAGGAGGAGCUUCUCCUCGAUUCCGUGCUCGCUCCUCAUCCACAAACACCACCGCCAGCAACUCCACGGCCGGCAGUCGUCGCCACAUCCCCAGGGACCAGAAGAGUCCGACCCUCCAGGCUUUCAUCACGGCUCCUCUGCCCAAGAAAUCCCCUCCAUUGCGCAGCUCUAGGCCAAGACAGCCCGUUUCUAGCGCCACAACUUCGGCUUCCCGCGCUAGGCUUGUAGAUCGUAUCUCGGGCUUGCAGUCCAAGGACGGCUCCAGAUCGGCGUCUGGUUCCAAGAAACCGCCUGAGCUUGGAAGCGUCGAUUUUGCAGCCAGACGACAGCGGAUACAACAAGCUUUCAACCGCACCGUGGAGGAGAAUGCUAAGAAGGAGGAGAGGGCUGCCGUACGACGAGAGCGUGAAAUUGCCAGGAAAAUGGCCAGACAGGCACGUCCACAUCCACCACAGGAACAACAGCCUCAACAAACCCAGCCAGAACUAGAACCGCAAACACAACCAGUAGACGAGCCCUCGCCGUUGCCAUUGGAGGAACCACAACAACAGCCAGCUGCCGUGCCUGAACCGGAGCCGGAACAGGAGCCAACGGCUGUACCAGAGUCGAUAGAAUUGGAAUCCGAACCAACGACGACAACGACAACGACUACGCCGGUGGGACAAGAAGCUACGCCCGCCGAUCCCGUGAAUGAGUGUGCAGAACCGCAAUUCACCUCUGACGACUCCUUCGUCACGCCUGACGAGGGACGCUCUCCCAUCUUACUACCCGUAACAUAUAAGCCAGACCAUCACCAACAAAAUCAACAACAACAGGCGGAUUUAAAUCGCCCAGAAACACCCGACAUGACCUUACGCGACACGUUCAGGCCCAAAACACCCGAAUCAGGCAACACGGACACGAUACCCCAAUCAGCCGUUACGGUGGGCACAGAAAUCACCACCUUCGACCCAGAGCCGCAGGAUGGGCUGCUCGCCCAUCGAACCAUGCUAAACCAUAUAAUGCAGAUGCGUGAAUCCAGUCCCAGCGUGUCCAGCACCUCAGACGGACACGGUGACCACGAUACAGAGCACGACGACAGCACCGCCGAUGACGGAGAGUCAAUACGCAUCAUGCUUCGACGGUCAAGAUAUCUUGACUCAAUAGCCCAUGAAGUCAGCAACCCUCACCACAGGUGGAGUAUGAGUUCGUGGAACUCUUCCUUCCAGGAUCAUCCGCCGUCAAGAGAUGUUGAAGGCGAGGGCGUCGAGUCCAAGCAUCAGGAAGAUAGCUGCGAUAGCUCUCAUUCCCUACAUGAAAACCCGACAACUCCACAACCUAUCUUCCCGCCUUCUCCGCCAUGUGAAGCUGAUGAUGCGCAGGCUGAUAUAGCCACCGACGACAGCCACAAGCACCGUGGUGGCGGCGGCGAGUCUCCUGUUCUCGGCACCGGCGACGACGAUGCUGUCAUUGCCUCGCUUGAGAGGCGAUUUAGCAUGAACAUGGCCAACCACUACACCACUAUCGCCAAGCAGGCACGUUGGGACUCCAAGCGAGCUACGCAGCUAUAUCUCCAGGAGCUGGCCAAGGCAGGAUACGAGAGGCCACGAGUACCCAUCUUGACGCCCGGUAGCAGUGAGAGCGAAGGGAAGAGGUUAUCUGCCCAGGACAGCGUGAGCAGAGGGACCGAUGAAGGAGACGCCGAUGAUGGUGUCCUUGUACCUGACUCUGCAACCAUACCCACAGCGGAGUUCCUGCCUGCGCGUGCGAGUUUACAUCUACGAGAUGACUGGGACACUUCCCCUUCUAUCGCGGAUUGGAUGCAUCUGGCUGCCGGGGAGGAUGAGAUGCAGCAACACCAGCAUCUUCAUCAGCCCGAACAUGAAUAUCAGCAGCAUCAGCGCCAGGCAACGGAUGCAACUGAGAUACCCCAUACAUCUGCAUCUGCAUCUGCAUCCGCAUCCGCAUCUGACCAAGAAGGAGCAGAGACGCCCAGAAACGCAGUACCAUCUCAAUUCGCCUCUAUAGACGGCACUGUUGAAGGUCUGGGGCUGGAAAUCCGCGUGCAGUCACCGCAAGAUGGAGACUCGCCAACACUACCGUCUCCCUUCCACAUGCAUCUUCCCGUUCCAUCAAUACCUCACCAUCCACCGCCGCCCCCUCCUACUGCUGCUGCUGCUACUUCUUCUCCUUCUCACCUAGCAGCGGAGCAGGUAGAAGGACAACCCACUGGCCUCGAUGCAUCACCAAGUGUCUACACCAACACUCCCUCUUCGAGCACGAUGCCUUCUCUGCCUACAUUCCACGACGCACCGCCCAGCAGUCGAAGUGAAGAUUCUUCGUUGCACAUAACCCCUCCGCAAACUGUCUCCUCUUCGACCUCGCAAACGCAGGAUCAGCCCUCGUCCCUGGCACCAGAAACCACCUCUGCGUUCCACGACAUUCUUGACCCUGCGUCACGUAUUUCCCCCACCCCUGAACAACGACGUCUCAAGAAACGGCGAAACGUAAUCAAGGAAUUGGUAGAUACCGAAUAUACCUUUGGCCAAGAUAUGACUGUUGUCGUGGACAUAUACAAAGGUACAUCAAGUUCUUGCCUCGGCUUAUCGCCCGAAGACAUAAAGACUCUAUUUGGCAACUCAGAGCAGGUCGUUCAGUUUUCGAUGGAUUGGCAGGAUGCUCUCAAACAAGCGGCGAAAAGCGUCUAUGUCUUGCCGAAAUCCCAGCGGUGGAGCAGUAAACGAAGCAGCAAAUGUACUCAGAACAGCGCAGUCUUUAGUAGCAGCCCAGACCCGCAGCAGGUAGCUGACGAAGAGAAUGAUCGCAAGACAGCUAUUGGUGAAGCAUUCAUGGCUAACAUUGAGAGGAUGGAGGCCGUUUAUUCCGACUAUUUACGUAACCAUGAUGCAGCGAACAGGACUCUCGAAGUACUCCUGAAGAACAAGAAUGUCAACAUCUGGUUGAAGGAAUGCCGCGAGUGGGCUGCUGAUCUUACGUCUGCAUGGAAUCUAGACUCCUUGCUAGUCAAGCCUGUCCAGCGUAUACUUAAAUACCCGCUCCUUCUCACCGAGCUACUAAGUGCAACCCCAGCCGACCAUCCAGACCAUGCUGCGAUCGCAAGUGCCCUCGCAGCUACCACAGCCAUCUCCGUACGAAUAAAUGAGAUGAAGAAGCGUGCCGACCUCGUCGGUCAGGUUGUAGGAAAUAGUCGAAAGCGAAAAGAGUCCGACGUCCGCGCCGGUCUCUCAAAGGCGUUUGGUCGACGGACUGAGAAAUUAAAGCAACAUGUCGGUAUCACGGAGAUGUUCUCGGAUAAGGAAUACGAUAUUCUCAGUCAACGGUUUGGAGAUAAUUUCUUCCAGCUGCAGCUUGUCAUGCGUGAUGUAGAGGGAUAUCUGGGUGAAAUUCAAAGUUCAAUGAACAAGUUUAACGAGUUCAUCGUUGCCGUUGAAGGAUAUAUUACACUUGCGCCGUCAAAUUAUCCUGAGCUGGAGAAGCCUAACGGCCAGACAGGUCACACAAGUCCGGAAAAGCGUUGUAGCUCCGAUGCCAUCAAGGACCGAGGGGAUAAGCCUGAUAAGAAAGUUACGGAGCAAGGAGAACAAUUUGUGGCGCUCAAUAUGGCGCUAAAAGACGAACUACCGAAGCUCUUGUCCCUUACCGGCAAAUUAAUGGAAGCUUGUUUAAACGCUUUCGUCCAGAUCCAAGCCACCUGGCUCACGUUGAUGCAGAAGAGACUCGGGUAUACCAUCGAUAGACUGCCUCAGGACAUCAAUCAGAUCAUCACCGAUUGGUCAGGGGACUUCUCGUUCAGUGAAGCCCAGGUUCUCUCUCUGGGCGUCUGCAAUGGAUCUAUCCUGGCAGACACAGCUCUGGUAAACAACUACAACUCCCCGCCACCUUCCCAUGGAGCCGAUGCCACUUCCUCCCGCCGCCCGUCAACAGUCAACAGCGCGACUGGCCGGACAUUCUCCGGCGAAUCGGGCAAUUCACCCAAGGGUUCUCACGAAUUUGCCUCACGGAGUCCAGAACACUUGAUACAAACUCCGCCCGGCACCGGCUUCAUGCAACAUGGGAAUGGAUCAUAUGUGUUCCCAACAUCUGGCCCUCGCACGCGUGCCAAUUCCACGUAUUCAGUCCGGGCACCAGACGUGACCAACAGCCAUAUCCCGUCGAUACCAUCAAUAAUCAAUUCCUCUACCCGCUCCAGCGUCACGGGCCCCAGCGGCACCAGCAACUCAUCAUACCGAACAUCAGACGCCUCGCCGAAGCUGCCGCUUCUUGCUCUAGACACGCCCCGUCUCGAGUUCUUCCCUGACCACCUGAUGAGUAGUAGCCGAUAUAACGUCAAUGUCAAUGGCAACAGCAAUAACAACCACAUAGCUCCCGAUCCAGCUGAGCAUCCGUCCUCCCCCUCAGCAACACGGUAUUCCGGCUUCUUUUCCUCGGCCAUGCCGAUGGCAGAAAACCCCGAACCAUCUCGCUUCGUCACCCAGCACCACCAACACAGCAGCAUCCCUAUGAACCGUAGUAUUAGUGCCGGCACCAAUGCCCAUGCGGGCUAUACCUCUGCACCUAAACAACCCUCCAUCCUCUUCCUGGCCGCUAGCAUGUUCGAGUUUAAUAUCGACCGCGCCCGGCGCGAGGCAGGGUAUCCAUACCUAACCUAUGUGGCUGGUGAGAUAUUUGAUGUCAUUGGUGAAAAGGGUGAUCUCUGGCUUGCCCGAAACCAAGACGACCCAACUCGCCAGGUCGGCUGGAUCUGGACGAAACAUUUUGCCAAGUUGGCCGGUUAA